UAACAGCUUCUAUUUCGCAAGUAUCUCAAACAAUAUAUUUAUCAAGCUCUAGAGCUACGACACCUAUACCACCUAUAACAAGAAACCAAGUAAAGCAAAUAAAGAAAACAGAAUUGCCAUCGGAAGAAGUCUUACUAGUUACCUCUCAAAGCCAAGCUUUAAUUGAUCUUGAAUAUAGUAGUUCA